CACCAGCCGGCCGGCCGUUAGUCGCGACAGGCCCCGCGGAGGAUGGAGGGAUGGAGCCGCCCAGAGAGACGGCCAAGGUUGCCAACGCGGCUGUUAACCACGGCGGGCGGGUCCAUUCCCAUUACGUGGCCCCCAUACUGCAGCGGGGCCCCCACACCAACCUGGAAACCGUGCACUCCCGAGCGUCGUUUUCCUCGGCCCGUAACUCCCCAGAGCAUGGCAAGAGCGCGGCCCUGCCCAAGGACCAGGCCAAGGAGGGCGCGGCACACCGGCUGCUGAACAUGCUGAGAAAAACGCUUAAAGGGUCUGAAAGUAAAGAAGUGGAAGUAACACCUGAGGCACCGACAACUUUAGUGCCGUUUGGGGAUGUGGUUGGCUGCCUGGCUAUUCAUGUAAAGAACUGCAGACAGUUUACAACUAAGAUUGAUAUACAACAUUACAAUAAUUUGUUCGUCCGCAUCUCUAUAAACAAUGUUGUGAAAUCUACAAAAAUGUGUAGCUUUCUACCCCAAAACAAUGAAAAGAACACUAUAAUUAAGUUUAACGAAGUGAAGUAUUUUUCUGUACAGGUUCCCAGACGUCAAGAUGAUGAGCGGAAUAAUAUUUACUUGGAACUAAUGCAAUAUGACAAUACAGAAAAAUACCCUGUCUUGUUAGGGAGUGUUCAGGCCCACCUUUAUGAAGUAAUUCAGAAAGGAUGCUUUACUCAAGAAUUUCAAAUGUUGAAUAGAAACGCAUUUAUCUGCAGGAUGGAGGUGGAAUUUAUAUUCUCCUAUGGGAACUUUGGUUAUGGAUUUUCACAUCAGUUAAAACCUCUUCAGAAAGUUAUUGAGCCAUCCAUGUUUAUGAAUAUUGCACCACCUCCUGAAAGAACAGACCCUUUAACAAAUGUUAUUCUACCACAGCCAGUGGAAUAUCCAGCAUUCUUAUCCCCAGACCUGAAUGUUACUGUUGGGAAGCCAACUACAGUGCCUGCAUCCAACCAGCCAUCUGUAGUGCGACUUGAAAAACUUCAGCAACAGCCUCGGGAAAGGCUGGAAAAAAUGAAAAAAGAAUAUAGAAAUCUGAGUACAUGGAUAGAAAAAGCCAGCUAUAUAGAAGGAGUUCUUACCCCAAAAUUGGAAAGUAAAGAACCUAAGGGAAGUAAUACCAAUGAGGUACUUGAAAGCCAGCUUGAAGAGAAGCCUGAAGAUAUUGUAACAUCAGCAGAUGUCCCUCUUAUAAAGGAGAAAGCUGAAACUAUUCCAAGUGAGUUACUGGAUAAUGAUAAUAAGAAAGGCCUGACGCUACCAACUUUGAACCAACCGGAGCAUGAUAAUUCAAAUGCCGUUGCUCCUGAAAGUGAUGAACCAACAAAGCAAACAAAUACUCCAUUGUUCAUUAUUCCUUUCGUAACAAUAACAGAUGAGGACAAAAUACGAACCUUAGGGGAACAGCAGUCAGAAGCUGUGCCAGAUGGAACAAGGAAAAAUGUGUUCCAUCCACCAGAAGUAAAAUUGAAAGCUAGAUAUCCAGGCCUUUUAAGAACAGACUCAUCACCAUCAGAGAGUCCACCUGGUUCCUUUAGAACUAUGAAUGAAAAUUUAAAUCUCCCUAAUUAUAUAAAUGCGUUCAUGAAAGAUACGGACUAUGGAUGGAAAAAUUCAAAUAGAAAAGGAAAAUCAGUGGCUUUUUCACCAGAAGAAUACAUUUCACCAUCUUUCAGGCCAGAAUAUAAAGAAUUCAAACCAAAGUAUCAGUUCCAGAAAUUCAACAUCAAGGACAGUUUUGAUCCUUUUCUAAGGAAUAUAAACGACAAAAUGUCAGUCAGAAAAAAGAAAGACGGAGACACGUACAAAUGUGGAAGCAUUUUAAGUGCAGAGGUUAUAGAGCAUGAAGACCAAGAUCCUCCUUACCCAACACAGUCAAAGACUGCCAGACCCACUAAUAAAACCUGGCCGCAAGAUCUCAAUAUCACCGUAAAGCCUUUAGACACUAAGAAAAAGUUAGCCCAUGAUCCUGGUAUCAGCACAGUCAAGACUUUGGAUGCUAAGAAUAAGUUAAAGAAAAGACUGCAAAAUCUAUCUUUACCAAACUUUGAAGGAGAAUCGUCAGUGACUGGAAAUGGAAAUACACAUCUCUUCUCAAAAUCAUUAAGUUUUCCUUCCCACAUAGAAAAUUUGAAACAAUCAAUGGUGCUCAAGUCAAUUUUAAGUAAAAAUCUGCAAGAUCUUUCAGAUAAAUUAUUUUCUAAGACAGAAGUUCCUAUGGACACUGAAGCAAGAAAGAAAAAUCAUGGUUCUUCACUUCUAAGUGUUCAUGCUGAACCACCAAGUAGUUUGGAAGACAAAGUAUUUGAAAAAAUUCAAGAUUUAAAUAGCUGGCUUUCAGAAGGAACCAUUUUAAACUCAAAGACUCUUUUAAGUCAAAUAAUUAAAGAUGUUCCUGCAGAUUCACUGUCAGAAGGUGCACCAGGGAGUUCUUCAGAGGUAGAAAAGAGAUUUGUCUCUGAGACACACUUAGAGACUGGUGAGACAGAUUUUACAAUUAAAAAGAAGCGUAGUUUCAAAAAGAAACAUUUAAAAAGUGAAGGAUCCAGCUCAAAACCGAGUCUAAAUUCCAUUGUGCAUGAUUAUCUUAUAACGCAAAUAUUCACUGCCCCCGUCCUCUCAGAUUUGGAGAUUGGAGUGCAAGAAUCGAGUGGAACACAGAUGAACUUGUGGACUCAGUUGCCCACAGCCUGGGAGAGUGUCUCUUCAAAUAGUCUAGUUCACUAUGAAGACAAUGAUGAUGAAAUAGAAUUGCCACAGGCUAAAUCUGUUAUAAGCCAGAUAAUACAGUCAUUUCCUAUAGAUACUCUGUUAGAAUCUGGGAUAAUCAAAGUGAUCGAAUUAGGUGAAGAAAACCAGAAGACUUCUUUGCUGGAUACAGAGACAGUCUUUGCUGAAGAAAAGCCAAAAGAUUCCACAGAAGAUUACUCAGAAAUCAAAGGCAAAUCAGAAUCUCUUUCAGGGCAAAAUAUACCCACCAUUCCCAAAGAAAUUACUUCUUUUUUUAAUAAAAGAGUUGAAUUGAUAGAUGAAGGCCAAAAUAUAUCCCAACAAGAUUCAAAAUAUCAGUCAACACCAGAUAAAAAAACAGAUUUGCCAAGUAAUGGUCAGAGGCUUAAUAGAGAAGAAAAUUAUCUAAGUUCUACUUCAGAAAAUUUAAGUAACUCAUUAAUGGGCAAACUUAAUGAGUCAGAUGUAAUAAUGUUAAAAUCCUUUGUAAAAAACAUGUUUAAUGUUUUUUUCAAAUAUAGUCAGUCUGAAAGAAGACAACCAGAAAAAGAAUUAGAAAGACUAAUUCAACAUCCUUUUCCAAAUAAAACAAACAACCUUGAAGAAAUCAGAAAGAAUUUUGAUGAAGCAGACAAAUUAGACAGAAAACCUAUUUUGAGUCCAAAGCUGCGUGUAUUUUUAGAAGAACUCUCAGAGUCAGAAAUAAAAAAUUUAAAAUCUGAAUUAAGUAAACAUAUCCAGCAUUACCUUGUAGAAAGACUUUCAGAAUCAGGACAUAUCACCAAAGAGGACUUACCAACAAUCUAUCAAAAUCUGUAUUUGAUGAAUGAGAAAGCACAACCAAAAGGGCAAAAUAUCUUUCUGGAGAAAUAUUCAGAAACUGUAAAAGAAAUCCUGUCUUUUGUAAAUAAUUUUAAUCAUCAUUUCAUAGAUAAACAUUUGGAAAUAAAGCUAAGAUCUUUUUUAAAUGAAAUUCUCCAAAACUAUUUCCUAAAAAACCUUUCACAAAACAGUUUAUUUAAAGACACAGAGUCUGAGCCUGUACACUCAAACAUAUCUUCUCGAAGAAAUAAAAGUGCCUCAAUAUCUUUUCCUGAGUCAGGACAAGAUAUUUCCAGGGGGAGUUUUGGUAGAAGACUUGAAAUGAACAUGAAAUAUCCUUUAAAUCAGUCUCUACAAAACUAUCUUAUAGCUUUAUCAGAAAAUGAAACAUUAAAUCUAAAAGCUGAUUUAAGCAAACACCUCCAGAGGCUUUUUAUAGACAAACUUUCAAAAGCAGGACUAAUCACAAAAAGGCAAUUAGAGGGGAUCAACCAGGAUAUAAAUUUGAUUAAUUCUAGUUCCACACCAUUAAAAUGUAUAAAGCCAGGUUUAUCUUUUAGAGGUGAAAAUCAAUUUAUGGAGGAGCAUUCAGAAAAGCAAAAGAAACAUUCAAAAAUUGUUCAAAAAACCACUUUACAAAAGGUUCCUGAGGAUAAACUUGUAGAAACAAAACUGACAAGAAAGGAAGGGAAGGAAUAUUUUUCCUUACAGAAUAUUAAAGAAAAUCCAUCAAUAAUUAGGGAACAGAAAAGAUAUUAUCCUAAAGAAGGAACCAAAACACUGAGUUUAAUUAAAGCACAACCUUCUUCCAAUAAAAAUACCCAGGAGAUUCCAUUAAAUAAGUCAUCAGCAAGACUUUCAGGUUUAGUGCUUAAGAAACAAAGGAAAGAAUACGGUUUCAUGCAGCUUCCUCGAGGAGAAAAUUUUGAUUUUAAAACAGAGAUUCAAGACCCACAGAGUUGGAGCAGUAAAUCAAAAAUACCUCAAUCAAAUGCUUGCUCUGAAAGGACACUAAAAACGAAGUCCCUUGAAAAAAAGGGUCACAACAACAUCCAUAAAUUGUUGGUACAGGAAAAACCUGAAGCAGUGCUGUCACCAUUUCCAGGAAUUCCUAAUUGCAAAAUGCCAAAUGACGACAAAGAAUAUGUGAACAAAGUCACUAUUCCGUCCACGCAGAACACUUCAACGCAUUUCACUUCCAAUGCUGGGGAGAAACUGAAAUUAGGAGACCAGUAUUGUCAGAGAUUGAAAGGAAAUAAUAACAAUAACAAAAAACAACAUUUAGUAACAUUUGCACAUUACAAAAAAGAAAUACAAACUCUUUAUAUAAAACCAAAUGAAAUUUGCGAUGAAAAAUGUGUCAAGAUCCCUGAAUCACAAUCAUUUAAAUAUAAAGUUGUGGAAGCUGAGAAAAACUCAAAACCAGCCCUCUUCCCGCAAGUAUUAGAGAGAGAAGUUCUAAAGCCCAAGGUCCGAAAAGAAAGAGACCAUGUCAGCAAACCAGAGAAGUCAUUUAGCAAGAUAGUUAGGACCCUGCCAGCCACACUGCCCGCCCCAAGUGUUCUAAGGAAGUCUGUGCCGAGGACGUUGCUGCACUGGAAGGCAAGAAGAACCGUACAUGAUUGUUUGGAUAGAUUUGAGGAUUCACCUGUGACCUCUUUCAAGCAUCUUGUAAAAGGCAAAUCAAGAGUCAGGCUUAUAGGGAAGAACCCUGGUGACAUCCAGGUACCAGAGCCGGUAAAAUACUCAGCGAGACCGUACACAGCGCCUGAUGGUCACCAGCGUCGAGAGGGCAACGCUGGGAAGUUCACGAGUCCUCGGAUGGUUUCAGCAGGCUUACUUCAUGUAAAUGAUACAAUCUCAGAUUAUGAAAUCCAUAAGAUGCGGCAAAAGAAAAAAUUAAAAGAUAAUAUUGAAAAACAUUCGCUCAUUUGUGAUAUUAUCCAAAUGUUAACAGUUCAGAAUGAUACGUGAGGCCAACAGUCAGAAUAUCAUCUCUCCGGUUAGCAAAAUGGUGUGAUCUGUCCUUUUGUGUGACAGAAGUCAGCAACUAAAUUUCAUCUUGUUACAACCAUUUCGUUUUAAUUAAAAUGAAAAAGAAAUGC